AUGGGAGCCAGAGCAGAGAGCACUGAGUGCCAACGGCUAAGGUCAGAGGAUUCCCUACUCCAAGCCUCUCUGCAACUAGUGUCUCCAGAGCCAGCCUUGGCUCCCAGAGUAACUUGGGGCCAAGGGAGUGGGGACUGUUCAAGGUUCUUCACUUCCUCCACUCACGGGCUGCUGGGAUGGGGAUUCUGGCCCUUCCCGCUCUCCGUACCGCAGCUAGGAUGUGGGCAGUUCUGUUCAACUCAGGGAGCUAAGGAUACAGCUUCCACCCGCAGGAUCCUGACCUUGGAGGACUCAGGGGUUCCCAGGGUAGCGGCGCAGAGAGGGCGCAGUAUCCAGGGGCUCCAGUGGGAAGCGGCCGACCCCUUCCAGACCGAAACCCAACUCCACCAGCUCCGCAAACUGCCAAGUGCAUCCCCCGCGCCCCCGCCCCUCCCAGCACCGGAAGCCCUGGGACCCGAGACCAGGGGCGGGGCCGGCCCUCUCCCGCGGGAUUGGCACGCAGGCGCGGCCCACACGGUGGCGACUGCGACCCCGAGACCCCGCGGCCCCGCCCGUGGCACCACCUUGGCGCCCAGCCCUCCACCGACGGCGCAGCCCAAGGCCCCUAGGCUGCGGAAAUGGCGGCGGGGAGUAGCCAAGCCCUGGAGACCCCGAGCAAUAAAAAGAGACAUUGAGCUCUGGAAUGUGGUGACAGCAUCCUCAAUAAUGACCAGUAUCCCCUGGAUUUUUCAUCUUUUUCAGUUCAGAUUGCACUGGUGGGAUCCCCUGCAACAUGAUUCAAAUCCAGCACCAAGCAGUGAAGUUGGCUUUAAAAAACAAGGAAUGCUCUCCAUGCAACAUGUCUGCAGGAAAGACACAUUUACAAUCACAGCAUUGAAGCCAAAUUUUAAUACUCAAGAGAAUGGAAUGUGUAGUGAAUUGCCAGAAGACUUUACUCAACCUGUAUUAAAUCACAAGAGAAAGAAAUCCUACUUCAGCAAUCUAUUUGGAAAACCCCUCAAUGAUCAGUUAUCUUUUAAUCAACAAAAGCAUUUUCACAGUAGAAGUAAAUCAUAUGAAUGUCUUCUAAUUGGUAAAUCCUUUGUUGAAAGCUCUGUCCUUACACAUUACAAUGAAAGUUACAUUGGAGAGAAACCCUGUGAAUAUCAUCUGUGUGAGAAAGCCUCCUCUCAUAAUUCUGGCAUCAGAGUACAUGAGAGACCUAAUACUGGAGAGAAUCCUUAUGAAUGUCACCUACAUGAAAAAGCCUUAACUCAUUUCUCUACCUUGAGACAACAUGAGAGAACUCACAUUGGAAAGAAACCCUAUGAAUGUCAUCUCUGUGGGAAAGUCUUCACUCGAUGUUCUGCCCUUAGAGAUCAUGAGAGAACUCACACUGGAGAGAAGCCUUAUGAAUGCCAUGUAUGUGAGAAAGCUUUCAGUCAUUUAUCUAACUUGAGACGGCAUGAGAGAAUACACACUGGAAAGAAACCAUAUAAAUGCCAUCUAUGUGAGAAAGCCUUCUCUCAGUGUUGUUACCUUAGAGCUCAUGAGAGAAUUCACACUGGAGAGAAACCUUAUGAAUGUCAUCUAUGUGGGAAAGCCUUCAAUCGUUUCUCUAGCUUGAGAAAACAUGAGACAUCUCACACUGGAAAGAAACCAUAUAAAUGCCAUCUUUGUGGGAAAGCCUUCUCUCAGUGUUGUUACCUUAGAGCUCAUGAGAGAAUUCACACUGGAGAAAAACAUGAUUGUCUUCUGUGUGGGAAAGACUUUACUUAUCUCUCUUCCCUGAAACGACAUGAGAGAACUCACACUGGUGAGAAACCAUAUGGAUGUCCUCAAUGUGGGAAAGCCUUCACUCUAUAUAGUUACCUGAGACGACAUGAGAGAACUCACACUGGAGAGAAACCAUAUGAAUGCCAUCUAUGUGGGAAAGUCUUCACUCACUGUUCUUCCCUUAGAAAACAUGAACGAACCCACUGGAGAGAAACCUUAUGUAUGUCAUCUAUGUGAGAAGGCCUUCACCUGUUAUUCUAGACUUAGAGUACAUGAUAACACUCACAUGUAAGAGAAACACUAUGAAUGUCUUCUGUAUGGGAAAGCUGUCACAAUAUGUUCAUCUGAGACAACAUGAGAGAACUGACACUAAAGAGAAACCUUAUGAAUCUCAUCAAUGUUGGAAAGCCUUCACCCACACUUCUGGUUUUAGAAAACAUGACAAAAUGUCCAGGGGAAAGAUACCAUAAGAAUAUUAUCUACAUGGGAAACUUAGUUUAGUUUUGUAAACUUAGACAGCAUGAGAGAAUUUGAAUUGAGUGAAACCUUAUGAGUUUUAUAUAUGAAAGGCUUCAGCCAAUGUUCAUUUAUUAGAUUAUGUGAGAGAACACAUACCAUAAAUGAUUUGAAUAUUGAAGGGACUUCAGCCCUUCAGUUAUCCUUUAAACAUACAAGACAACUCAUACACUGAGGAAACACCAUUUGUAAUCAAUCUGAUAGAGUUUUAAAUAAUUCUUUCUACAUCAGUGUAAGCCAGUUCAUAUUGGAAAGAAUCAACAUCAUGUCACCUUCAUGGCAAAGAAUUUAGUAAGGUCUGAUGAUAUACAAUUUUAGAGAACUCAUGUUAUACAUUUAAUGAAAGUUCAAGAGUCUUCAUCCUCUGCUCCUGUUGAUAGACAAAUCUUUACCAAAUGAAGGAGCUUCUUGAGGAAUUUCCAGGCACUUCAUGCUGGAGAUGUUAUUCAUGAAAAAUCACAAAAUUCUUUAAUUGUAUACCCACACUUGUAGGGCAAUUGAGAAUUCACACUUUAUAAAUCUCUUAUCAGUGUCAUGAAUGCAGGCAUGAAAUCAGUGAUUGCUCAUUACUUUAGUAUUAAUUUUCAUAUGCAGAGGAAAGAAAAAUCCUAAAAUCCAUUUGGAAACAUCUGCAACUUGAUUUCACAUCAGAUAAUUCAUAGUGGAAAAUGAAAUACUUUAAGUUGCCCAUUAGAACAAAAUUGAGCAGAAACUCAAGGUUUUGAACAAGACUUACUGUUGAUAUUAUGUAGGAUAACAGUACAAAUUGUGAAGUGAAAUGGGUAUACUGAGUUUUGAAUUUGUAAAAAGUAUUGUGAAGUGAGGUUAAUUCAUUGAUCAGUUCAUAUAUAUAUAUAUAUAUAUGCAACAAAUAUUGUUGCUGAAAAUCUGAUGUUUGCCAUAUUCUAAUUUUCUUUUUAAGCAGUUCCAAUCACAAAGAUUUGAAUCACUCAGAAAGUAACUUGGAAUGAUAACUCAAAAAUCUGGAACACAGCAUUAUUACUCUUUACUAUUGUCUUGGUAUUACAAUAUAUAUGUUCAUGGCAAGGAUGAAUGCAAACAUUGAUAAAUAAAAACAGUUUACAACUCGA